UGCAUAAAGGCCCAGCCCAGCCGCCCGCCACAGCUCUCUGUCAACCCAGACGCUGUCCGUUCCGCGCCACCAUGAGGGGCGUCAGCUGCCACCUCCUGCUCGUGUUAUGCAUUGUACCGAAUCUCUCAGGAGUUGGAACCCAAAAGGCAUCAGGCUGUGCCAGGUGGUGCCCUCCCAACUCAGAAUGUGAGAGUAACAGAAGUUGUAAGUGCAAGCCAGGCUUCAACUCCUCCUCCGGCAACGCCAGCGGUUUGAUCACUAACCCUGCAGAGAGCUGUGAAGACAUCAACGAGUGUAUACAAACCGAUAAUCUCUGUGGACCGUAUGCCAUGUGUAUGAACUCAGAGGGGAGCUACUACUGCGUCUGCAACCUGGGAUACAAGCUCCUUUCUGGGGCAGAAUCUUUUACUAAUAAGAGUGAGAACACGUGUCAAGCAUCCAUGGACACUGGGAUGAUACCUGUGCCCUCCAGCAUCCACACAGUUCCUACUGCCGGAAAGCUCCCGGAGCAGCCAACUACAGUGCACCCACGGACACAGCUGGGAGACUCAGGAGAAAGGACCCCCAAGGAUGUGAAUGAAUGCACCUCUGGGCAAAACCAGUGCCAUCGGUCCACGCACUGCAUCAACAAGAUGGGCGGCUAUUCUUGCAUCUGUCGCCGAGGCUGGAAACCUGCUCCUGGAUCCCCCAAUGGCCCAGUCAACACAGUGUGCGAAGAUGUGGAUGAGUGCAGUUCUGGCCAACAUCAAUGUCACAGUUCCGCCAUCUGCAAAAAUACCCCGGGCUCCUACAAGUGCCACUGCCCUCAAGGUUGGAUAACAAUUCCUGGGCCUCGUGAUAAGCCAAAUAACACCGUAUGCCAAGAACCACAUUUUCCUACCUGGACGCUGCUGCCCACGGCCCAUAGCCAGACUCUGUUGAAUUUCUCUGUUGAAGUCCAGAAUCUGCUCAGAGACUUCAAUCCAGCCACGGUCAACUACACCAUCCAGGAACUCAUCGAGGCUGUGGACAAACUGCUGGAAAUGCCCAUGGAUAUAGGGACUCAAACCCAACAAGUUGCCACCCAGUUGCUCUCGAACCUGGAGCAAAGCCUUCGGACCUUGGCCCAGUUCUUACCCAAAGGCCCUUUCACCUACAAGUCCCCUUCAGACACUGAACUGGCCCUGAUGGUCAAGGAGCAAGACAGCAAAGAUGUUACCACAGUGCACCACAGCCAAGCUUGGAUGCAGCUGGACUGGGCUGUGACAGCUGGAGCCAAAAGCUCAGAAAACGGUUACUCAGUGGCGGGCAUCCUGUCCAGUCCAAACAUACAAAAGCUGCUGGCCAACACCUCCUUGAACCUGGAGCAGAAGAGGGACACCUUGGAAGACCUCUAUGGAAGCCCGGUUCAGAGUGUCACACUUACGUUCCUCUCGAGCAUCAAUUCCAUCUUUCUGACCAACACGGACACUGAGAAGCUCGCCUCGGAUGUCACAUUCAAGUUCAACCUAACUUCUGUGAAGUCACUUAAGGCACGUGAAGAGCUGAUGUGUGCCUACUGGAAAAGCCAUGACAAUGGGAGUGGGUCCUGGGCCACUGACGGCUGCUCAAUGAAUGACACUGGCUUCUGCCACUGCAACCACCUGACCAGUUUUGCCAUCCUAAUGGCUCAGUACCACGUGCAGGACCCAAGGCUGGAACUGAUCACCAAGGUGGGGUUGCUGCUGUCCCUGGUCUGCCUGCUGCUCUGUAUCCUGACCUUCCUGCUGGUGAAGCCCAUCCAGAGUUCUCGAACCAUGGUGCACCUGCACCUGUGCAUCUGCCUUUUCCUGGGCUCAGUCAUCUUCCUGGUCGGUGUUGAGAACGAAGGGGGCGAGGUGGGCCUGCGCUGCCGCCUGGUGGCUAUGCUGCUGCAUUUCUGCUUCCUGGCCGCCUUCUGCUGGAUGGCCCUGGAGGGUGUAGAGCUCUACUUCCUGGUGGUGCGUGUGUUCCAGGGCCAAGGCCUGAGCACGUGGCACCGCUGUCUGGUUGGCUACGGGGUGCCCCUCCUCAUCGUGGCCAUCUCAGCAGCUGCCAGAAUGGACGGCUAUGGGCAUGCGACCUACUGCUGGUUGGACUUCAGGAAGCAGGGCUUUCUCUGGAGCUUUUCGGGCCCUGUGGUCUUCAUCAUUUUCUGCAAUGCUGCCAUUUUCGUGAUCACUGUCUGGAAGCUCACUAAGAAGUUUUCUGAAAUCAACCCAAACAUGAAGAAAUUAAAGAAGGCGAGAGUGCUGACCAUCACAGCCAUUGCCCAGCUCCUCGUGCUGGGCUGCACCUGGGGCUUCGGCCUGUUCCUCUUCAACCCCCAUAGCACAUGGCUGUCCUACAUCUUUACCCUGCUCAACUGCCUGCAGGGCCUUUUCCUCUAUGUGACGCUCUGCCUGCUCAACAAAAAGGUGAGGGAAGAGUACUGGAAAUGGGCCUGCAUGGUUACCGGGAACAAGUACACAGAGUUCACCUCUUCCACAACAGGCACUGGCACCAGUCAAACACGGACCCUCAGGCCCUCAGAAUCAGGGAUGUGAAGGCAAGUUCCACGCAGGACAGCAGCACAUAUUCAAGGCCGCCAUUUUGCCUUCUGUUUCCGCCAUACUCCCGCCUUUGGCCCCACUUCAGAUAAAGAAGGGAUGUAAACCCAGCAGUGAGUCCUGCAAGAGGGCAAGGGGCCACUGCUCCUGCUUCUGGUUGCCUCUCUGCCUCACCACAGCUAUUGCCUACCAGAGAAACAAAGCCAGACAGCCCAGACCUGCAGCGCACUGCCUGGUACACGGGGCAGGCAGUCCUGGGACAAAAGUGACCCCUUGAAACCUGGGCUCUUGGCCAGGGUGCUGGGUUCAGUGUCUUUAAGCUAAGACUGACAAGGCCAUGGUGGCCACUGAGGACCUGCCUGCUACUGAGGCUCACGGUACAGAGGCCUGGCUGCCCCACAUCCAGGGCAGAGGGUCUCCCAGUUAAAAGACUAGGUUUUGUAAAUUUUUUUAACCUGUAAACCUUUCAAUGCUGAUACACAAAAUUAAAUCUCCUGAUAAAAAA